AGCCGCGGCACGGAGCAGACGCGCGGCGGCAGUGGAGCAGCACCGAGCGGCACGACAGGACAGACAGGGUCCCAUCCGAAACACGCACCGGCUAGUGAGCACAGAGACAAAGCAGCGGUGGGUUUUAUAGCGCACUGUCCGUAUCAAAGAAGUGCGUUCAUCGGGAAGUUUGCCCCUCAGAUCAGCGGCCACCGGAGCAUGAUAGCCGGCGUGGAGAGAAGAGCAUCAGCCUAAACUUCAGCGACUCUUUGAGCUCGCUUUAUACCGGCUUCAUCUGCUGGAAACCCGCGCUCGAUUUCGUGGUUGUAGCUGCAUGACUCGCUGACAAGCUUACUAUAACUUCAUGAAAAAAUAAAAUAGACAGCAGGUUAUUUUUUUUUGCCGUUAGAGAAGAAAGAAAACUCGGAAGCAGAGUUCAGCGGUGGAGAAGUGGAUGUAUUGUCAGCCAUGGAUGUGACAGUUUACCCGCCUCCUCCUCAGCCACUGGCCGUGUCAAACCACGCCAGGCUCGGGCAGCUCUCCUACCCUGACCCGGCCUUUGGCAACAACAAGCUGGACGGGGACACCAUGUUCCUGGGUAUGCCAGAAGCAGGCCUUGACUUCGCCUCCACCAAUCAGUUUCGUGUGCCACAGCCCCCUCAGCCUCUCUGCAAGGUUUCACCAACAAACCAACCCACACAGCACUGGAGGAGAGACACACACAUGCCUGACUCACACCGUCUGCCAUGGUCAUACUCAGUUGGAGGUUUGGGUGAUGAGGACUUCAACAUCCCACCUAUCACCCCCCCGACCCUGCCAGAGCACAUGAUGCCCCCCCACAUCCCUCACAAUUCCCCCUCUGGACCAUACCACCCUCUGGAGCCACCCCCCAGCUCCGCUCCACACCACCUCUACCAGCUGCAGGGCAUGGACCUGCCUGGCAUGUCCGGUGGCCAAGAUGGAGCUGCUAUGUUGAACCAAGAUGGUAGCACGUUCAGCCCAGACAGCGGCCCGAUGACCAGCACACUAUCUGUGAUGCAGCAGAUGGUGAACUCAGAUUCUCGGUUUACCAGCAGUCAACAGCCAAUUGAAGCAGCUCUUGGACCCCGGAACCAAUCAGGCAUGUCUCAACAGAGUCAGCUGUCCACCAUCAACCAAUCCCAGCUGGGGCUCAGCGGCAACUCUGUCACUCAUAGUUCUCCCUCACCUCCAGAGAGUAAAUCAGCCACACCAUCUCCCUCCAGUUCAGCACAUGAGGAUGAGAAUGAUGAUGGACUCAGGUACAAGAAGAAGACAGAGACAGCAAAGAAAGAGUAUCUGAAACAACUGGCUGCCUACAGAGCUAGCCUGGUCUCACAGAGUUACAAUGACCCAUCUGAGAUGAAGCUGCCCCACUCCUCCUCGUCUUCCUCUUCCUCUACCUCAAUGUUUACACCCAAACCUUCAGUCUACCCCGGCCACCCAGGCCAGCACCCUUCCUCCAGCUCACUCUCCCACCCUCACCCUCACCCUCACCCUCACCCUCAGCACCCAGGCAUGUACAUGCAGUACCCUCACCCGUCCCAUCCUUCCCACGCCUCAAGCCCCGGCCUUGGCCCUCACCUGUCCCCUCCUCACACCCAGAUCCACCCCCAGCUCCAGGCUUUGUCCUCCAGAGGGACCGUGCCACGGACCAGUGUCCCGCACCAGGGAGCUCUCUCGCUCGGCAAUGUGGUGACAGCCUCCACCCCUCCUCUCCGGGUCACCCCUCCCCUCCAUAGCCAGGCACACCUGGGAGGACUACACAGUCCACACCACCAGCACCAACAGCUCAGUGGACACUCAAUGGGAAUGACACACUCACCUGCCAUCACACAGGGCUACCUUCCCUCUCUCCGGUCUGACUACCAGCAAAUAGGAGGAGGUAUGCUUAACGGUGGAGCAGUGAUGUCAUCAUCAGUGGACUACCACCAGCUGGGUCGACACACACCAAAUCACCACCCCUCUCUGGACUGGAGCACGGAUUACCAUGGCAACGGAGCUGUUCAGAGGGACAAAACUCUGUAUCUGAGCUAAUCUCAGGAUAAACCUCCACCAAGCCCUUGAACUGCCACACCACGGAAACCUCCAGCCUCACCUCGACACAAACACAAGCCAGCCUCGUCCGAUCUUAACCCAAGAGGGGCUCAACCAACCCAGAGACCACCUGAACCUGAACCUGAACCAAACCUGAAGUCAACACUCCAAAAAAAAAGCAGUUGAAUAAUGGAACAUUUCUGUGUGUUAAUUCUCCUUUAAGGGACAAGGACAGUGUUACAAACUGACGAGAUAAUCAUCAGAUCUUUUCUCUGCAGAAAAGAAAAUGUGUACACCAGCGGGAAGAGGUGGGAAGGUACUGUGCUGUGAACCAUGCUGAUAAAUGUAUAUACUUCUGUCCAAUUUCCAGUUAGCCCUUAAAAUUUCAAAUCUACUUUCUCAUUUUGUAAAAAAUGGUGUUUACAUCAUUUCCAAAAGGCUCUGAAGAGCAAGUGUAAAUUGCUGUAACAUAAUUUUGUGAGCUGUUUUUCCCUUUCACCUUAUAAUUGCUGUGUCCUUCUACGACCAAAGCCAGAGGAGCACAGUACCCAAUUGAAGGGUUGAUAACCCAAUACAACAGAUUCUUACAAAUUGUGUGUCCCCACUCGGUCUCUAAUUAUAUGAAUAUCAGACUUCGGCUUGGGUCCAAUAAAAUGUCUAUAGAGACAAAAAAAAAAUCUUAGGCAGUGCUGAACACAGUCAUGACUGAAUUAUGUAGCUUUUAAAAGAAAUGUUCAUUGUUCUCCUGCAGUGAGGCUCAGAUGUGCCAGGAUAGAAAUCCAAUGUAUUUUAGUGUUUUUAAAUAAUGAAAUGUCAAAGAAUUCUUUGUUAAAAGAAAAGAAACAGAAAUACUCCUUUGUACAAUGACAGCUCCUCCUCCUGGCAUAUGUCUGUUGAUAAUAUUGAUCUGGAUCCAACCUGCAUGUGUGAGUGUGUGAAGUGUUAAUGAGAGCGAGCGGUUGAUUGGGUUUGCAUGGUCUCUUGUCAUCUCUGUUCCUCUGUGCUGAGCGGCUAUUUAAAAAAACUAUAACUAUUGCUGGGUUGGCUGUGUUUUAAUGUUGUUUUUUAAUCAAUUUAAGUUUUGUUUUAGUGUUAAUGAUGAUGAUUGAUGAGAGACAUAUCUCUCGCUCUGUAUCUCUUUGUAUUACUGUGGUUUUAUUUUUUUGGCAGAUGAAGGAACUCUGGGCAACAACGACCAUGAAGAUUUUUUUAUUUUUAGAUUCUUAUAAUGUGUUUGAGAAUAAAGUCAGUGCUGCAUUGAUGUGCAGUCAUUACUCCAAAA